UUGCAGAACGCUAAACGCAACGGUAUCGGAUAGCUGGUGCAUGGGGCUACGCAACGGUAUGCUAUUUGUUGGCGGUUGACCCGCGCGACCUUUUUCGUGGGCGCGGCAAGAGAACGCGCGUUCUCACUGGACUCCACGAGCGGUUUUGAUGGUGUUGGAGGGUUAUAAACCGCUCUGUGGAGAUACUAGGUUUUACAGCUAUACAAGAAGGAAUGAAAAAAAUCUUGCAAGGAGCGAUUCUUGUGGCAGAAGCAGGGCAAAACUGCCUUGUAAGAAGCUCUUGCAAGUGCAGUGGCACCAGUAUCACCUGCAAAUGAAGGGUGCUCCAGUGCAACAUUCUCUGGGCACACUUGUCGGAAGUGAUCAGCAACCAUGGCACGCAAUCUCUCUACACCAUUUGCCAUGUUGCAGUAAGUGCGCUCGAGCUGGUUGAAACGGACAUGAAUUCCCUCUGCACCCUGCUCUCCGAGCAUUCCAAGACCCACUUUCCAUUGCUGCAGGAAAGGCACAACAUUUCGACUAUUUCUGAACAGUCACACCUGUCACACUUCAGCAGCAUUGACCCAGAGAAGCUUGAGUGUUACCUCAGAUACAGGUGGAAAUUGAGAGGCGUCGGCGAUUUCAUGAUGCGACUUGCAGCAAGGGCAGUGUAGAGAACGUUCUUUUGACUUUCGAAUGCCAUCACCCACACACCUCGCACAAGCUAUCUUUCUGCAUGGCAUUACAACUGGACUGUCGGCAAUGCAAUCACAGAAAGAGCACUGCAUAUCUUCAGGAGAUACACUAGGAGGAGGAAGGAAUCGUGAUGGUUGGAGUGGCUCUGGUGUAUUCCAACUAGGUGGAGCCUGACUUUCAACUGUGUCGGCAAGUGAGCGGUUGCUGCUUGUGCUAGGCCUACCACGAUUCUUCUGUGUUCGCUUUGGCCGGCCUCCUCUUUUCUGACUCCGAAAGAAGUCGCAGGUUGAGCAUUGAACACUAUCUACAGUGGGAUGUUCUGUCCACUCAUGUACUUCUAGUGUGCUGUCUACCCAUCCUUUCUUUUGUCGCUGUGCCUUGGCGUAGCAUGUGUUGUAGAACGUGGCAGGAUGGACAGCUGGAUUUUCUUGCCCAACGUCAAUGCCAAAGACUUUCAGCACAUCAGGAUUUGCAGAGCAGGAAUACUUGUACUCAUUUCGUGCAAAUGGUUUAGCACAUACUCUACAAUGACGUUUGAGUUGAUCCUCGUGAACCUUUGACGGUUGCUCAGCAUGCUCAACCAUAAUUAUGCACUUUUAGUGACCCUUGGAACCUGGUUUUAAAAAUUGUUAAUAGAUUCUAAUGCACCUUACUGGUUAGAACAAUUGUUAAGGAGUGUGAAUAACCUU